UGGAGAUUACUACGCUACAGAGGGAGUAGCCAUUUUGUGGAAUCACCGAACCGGUGGAACUUUAUCGUGUGAUUAUUCAUUGAAUAUUUUGUUGCUGUUAAUUUUCAUACAAUAUGGAUGAGAAAUACGACUAUAUAGUAUUAGGCACAGGCCUUAAGGAAUGUAUUUUAAGUGGAAUGUUAUCUGUUAGUGGGAAGAAGAUUCUUCAUAUGGAUAGAAAUAAAUAUUAUGGUGGAGAAAGUGCAUCUAUUACACCAUUAGAAGAUUUUUAUAGGUUAGAUAUGUUUAAAAGGGGGGAAACCGCAACAAUUCCAGAAAAAUUUGGACGUGGACGAGAUUGGAAUGUUGACCUUAUACCUAAAUUUUUAAUGGCCGACGGUCAACUUGUUAAAAUGUUAAUUUAUACUGGGGUCACAAGAUAUCUUGAAUUUAAGUCUGUAGAGGGUAGUUACGUAUAUAAAGGUGGAAAAAUUUUCAAGGUACCAGCGGAUGAGAAAGAGGCGUUGGCUUCAUCUUUAAUGGGAUUGUUUGAAAAGAGAAGAUUUAGAAAUUUCUUGAUAUUUGCCCAAGAAUUUGAAGAAGAUAAUCCAGCAACAUGGAAGGAAAUAGAUCCUAAGACAUCUACAGCUUCUGACGUAUAUAAAAAAUUUGGUGUUGAUACGAAUACAACAGAUUUUACAGGUCAUGCUAUUGCUCUGUAUCUAAACGAUGAUUACAUGAAGAAGCCUGGUAGUGCUGUAGAAUUGUUAAAGAGAUGUAAGUUAUACAGUGGUUCCUUAGCUAGAUAUGGUAAAUCACCAUAUUUAUAUCCUCUUUAUGGUCUCGGGGAAUUACCUCAAGGAUUCGCAAGAUUGAGUGCUAUCUAUGGUGGUACAUACAUGUUAGAUCGACCAGAUGCUGAGAUCGUAUUUGAAGAUGGUGUAGCUGUAGGUGUGAAAGCAGCCGGUGAAACAGCACAUUGUACUGGUGUCGUCUGUGAUCCCUCUUAUUGUAAAGAAAAGGGCAAAAAAGUUGGUGAGGUUGUUAGAGCUAUUUGUUUGUGUAUGUCAGUGAUCUAA